GGCCGCCAUGGCCGCCAAGGACAACCCGUGCAGGAAGUUCCAGGCCAACAUCUUCAACAAGAGCAAGUGCCAGAACUGCUUCAAGCCGCGCGAGUCCCACCUGCUCAACGACGAGGACCUCAACCAGGCCAAACCCAUUUACGGCGGCUGGCUGCUGCUGGCCCCCGAAGGAACGGACUUUGACAACCCCGUGCACCGCUCCCGGAAAUGGCAGCGCCGCUUCUUCAUCCUGUACGAGCACGGGCUGCUGCGCUACGCCCUGGACGAGAUGCCGACAACGCUCCCGCAGGGCACCAUCAACAUGAACCAGUGCACGGAUGUGGUGGAUGGAGAGAGUCGCACGGGGCAGAAAUUCUCCUUGUGCAUCCUGACCCCGGAGAAGGAGCACUUCAUCCGUGCAGAGAACAAGGAGAUCAUCAGCGGGUGGCUGGAGAUGUUGAUAGUCUAUCCGAGGACCAACAAGCAGAAUCAGAAGAAGAAGAGGAAGGUCGAGCCCCCAACUCCUCAGGAGCCUGGUCCCGCUAAGAUGGCCGUGACCAGCAGCAACAUCCCCAGCGCGGAGAAGGUCCCUGCCACCAAGUCCACACUUUGGCAGGAGGAAAUGAGGAGCAAAGACCAAGCAGACGGCAGCAGCGGCCUCGGCCCGACUCAGAGCCCGGUGCAGAGCCAGGCAGUGGCUGCCGGCUCCCUGAAGGAGCCCACACUGGAUGGCAAAGAAGAUGAGUGCUCCAUGAACGGAGACCGGAUAGACUGUGGGCGGAAGACCCGUGUGGAGAGCGGUUACUUUUCCUUGGAGAAGACCAAGCAAGACUCGAAGCUGGAAGAACAGCAGUUGCCGCCCCCACCGAGCCCUCCCAGCCCCAGCACCCCAAACAACAGGCGAUCCCAAGUCAUUGAAAAGUUCGAGGCAUUAGAUAUUGAGAACGCAGAGCACAUGGAAACCAACGUGUCGGCAGCGAGCGCUGCCCUCUCGAGCGAUACGCGGCAAGGCAGGAGCGAGAAGAGGGUUUUCCCAAGGAAACGGGACUUCACUUCCGAAGCCGCAGCCGUGGGCUCCAUCCUGGAUGCAUCUGCUUCUCCGCUGUCUCCGCACCGUCGAGCAAAAUCACUGGAUAGAAGGUCCACGGAGUCCUCUAUGACGAAGGGCUGGUUGACAAAGCAGUACGAGGAUGGGCAGUGGAAGAAGCACUGGUUUGUGCUGACGGAUCAGAGCCUGAGAUACUACAGGGAUUCGGUAGCAGAGGAGGCAGCUGACCUGGAUGGGGAAAUCGAUUUAUCUACAUGCUACGAUGUUACCGAGUACCCGGUUCAGCGAAACUACGGCUUCCAGAUCCACACUAAAGAAGGGGAAUUCACCCUCUCUGCCAUGACGUCCGGAAUUCGACGGAACUGGAUUCAGACCAUCAUGAAGCACGUUCGUCCCACCACCGCUCCCGAUGUCACAAGCUCCUUGCCGGAGGAGAAAAGCAAAACGAGCUCUUCCUUCGAGACCAGCCCGAAGCCGAGCGAGAAGCCGGACGCAGAGCAAGUCGAGAUGGAUCCGGAGCAGAAGCGGAGCCGGGCCCGGGAGCGCCGGCGAGAAGGACGGUCCAAGACCUUUGACUGGGCUGAAUUUCGCCCCAUCCAGCAAGCCCUGGCGCAGGAGCGGGCAAACACUUCCGACUCCUCCAAGAGCAGCACCGCCGCCUUCCCCAAGGACAGCGGCGCUCCGGACACGGACCCGGGAGAGCUGGAGAGGGAGCGCGCCCGCCGGAGGGAGGAGAGGCGCAAGCGCUUCGAGAUGAUCGAUGCCGUCGACGGGGCAGGGCCGGAGGAGGCGCUGAGGAUGGAGGUGGACAGGAUCCCGGGGCUGCCCAUCCCGGCGGACAUGAAGCCGCAGAACGUCCACGUGGAGAUCGAGCAGCGCUGGCACCAGGUGGAGACGACCCCGCUGCGGGAGGAGAAGCAGAUCCCCAUCGCCCCCCUGCACCUGGCCGCCUCGGACGACCGGGACGAGGGCCUGGCCAAGCAGCACUUGACCACGCUGCUGGAGAAGGAGUUGGAGCAGAAGCAGAAGGAGGCCUUGGAGCUCCUGGAGCAGAACCGGCACCUGCAGGACGAGCUGAAAGUGGCUCUGGGCCGGGAACAGAGCGCCCGGGAGGGCUACGUGUUGCAGGCAACAUGUGAACGGGGCUUCGCAGCCAUGGAGGAGACGCACCAGAAGAAGAUCGAGGACCUGCAGCGGCAGGGCCAGCGGGAGCUGGAGAAGCUGCGGGAGGAGAAGGAUCGCCUGCUGGCGGAAGAAACCGCGGCCACCAUUUCGGCCAUCGAGGCCAUGAAGAACGCGCACCGGGAGGAGCUGGAGCGGGAGCUGGAGAAGUCGCAGCGCUCGCAGAUCAGCAGCGUCAACGCCGACAUCGAGGCCCUGCGGAGGCAGUACCUGUAAGACUCCCCUCGCGGGGAGUCGGUGCAGCGGGAGCUGGAGGUCCUUUCGGAGCAGUAUUCCCAGAAGUGUCUGGAGAACGCCCACCUGGCGCAGGCGCUGGAGGCGGAGCGGCAGGCCCUGCGGCAGUGCCAGCGGGAGAACCAGGAGCUCAACGCCCACAACCAGGAGCUGAAUAACCGCCUGGCUGCGGAGAUCACGCGACUGCGGACGUUGCUGACCGGGGAGGGUGGGGGAGAGGCUGCUGGGUCGCCUCUCACGCAGGGCAAGGACGCCUACGAGCUGGAGGUCCUGCUGCGGGUCAAGGAGUCAGAAAUCCAGUACCUGAAGCAGGAGAUCAGCUCUCUCAAAGAUGAGUUGCAGACAGCACUGAGGGAUAAGAAAUACGCCAGUGACAAGUACAAAGACAUCUACACAGAGCUGAGCAUUGUGAAGGCCAAGGCAGACUGCGAUAUCAGCAGGUUGAAAGAGCAGCUGAAAGCAGCCACAGAAGCUCAGGGAGAGAAAUCCCCUGUGAACACCACUGUAUCGGGAUAUGAUAUUAUGAAAUCAAAAAGCAACCCUGAUUUCUUGAAGAAAGACAGAUCCAGUGUUAGCCGACAGCUAAGGAAUAUCAGGUCAAAGAGUCUGAAGGAAGGCCUGACCGUGCAAGAACGCCUGAAGCUUUUUGAAUCCAGGGACUUGAAGAAAGACUAGUUCUCCCCGCUCCGCUUCGCCACGCGCACCGCCCAGCUUGCGGCAGCCCGAGCACCAGCACCGUCUGUCUCUCGCUCCUCGCGACUGUCCUUGCUGUCGUCCGCCUUGGCGCU